AUGUCGGAACCGAUAGUGGAAACUAGACAGGGAAAGUUAAAAGGCCAGGUAUCAAGAAACUACAAGGGUUUCUUGUAUUAUACUUUCAAGAGUAUCCCUUAUGCGAAACCACCUGUUGGUGAACUCAGAUUUUCUGUAACGCAGCCACCAGAACCAUGGGAAGGAAUUCGAGAUGCGACCAAAACCUGCAACAUAUGUCCACAAAUUUGUAAUAAAACCUUAACCGUUGUAGGAAAUGAGGAUUGCUUGUAUUUGAACGUUUACACACCAAAGUUGCCUUUGACUGGUUCUACAUUACUCCCGGUGAUGGUCUUAUUCCAUGGAGGAGGAUUUAUUGCUGGAGACGAAUUGGCCAAAGGGCUUUUCCAUAAAGCUAUAGCACAGUCAGGAUCUCCAUUACAACAUUGGGCUCUCAACACUAAAAUAAAGAAUCUGGCUUGGAAAAUACCGUCUUUGCUUGGUAAAACUAUAACAGACGAUGAGCAAUUGUUAACAUACUUUAAAAGUUUGCCAACGAAUGAAUUAAUUAGUGCAUCCUCAAAGGUGUUAGCUGCAGAUCAAUUUCGAGGAGGUAUUAACUUCGGCUUUGUGCCAACUAUAGAAAAGCCUGAUGACUGGGUACCUUUCUUAUCUAAAUCUCCGUACCAAAUGUAUGCAAGGGGAGAAUUUAAUAAAGUUCCUUACAUCGCUGGUUUUUGUACACGAGAAGGGACUCUCAUGACAACUUUUGGUGCUGUGACCUUUAAUAAAUUUAUAAAGUCCAAAAAAUUUGUUGAUUACCUUCCGUUUGAUUUAGAAGAAAUAGAAAUGCCAGACGUAGAAAAAACAAUGCAAACUAACUAUCUCGAAGGCGAAAAGUCACAUCAUGAUGCAGAUUCUUAUGCUAUAGACUUCUUUUCAGAUGUUGAUUUUCUAGCCGGUGCAUAUGUGUCGACUAAUUUAAUUGCCAAAUACAAUACACCUGUAUAUUUUUAUGAAUUUUCUUACGAUGGAAAUUUGAAUGCGGUCAAAGCAAAAUUUAACAUCAAAAGAGAGGGAGCUUGUCAUGGCGAUGAGAGAGGCUAUUUGUUGAAGUGUAACAAUGCACAAAUUACUGAUACUGAUGCUCUGGUAUUAGAUACAAUGACCACUUUAUGGACUAAUUUUGCUAAAUAUGGAAAUCCAACACCAACUGAUGACCAACAAAUUACCACAAAAUGGGAACCAGUUACCGAUAGAGGCAUAGCCUGCCUUGUUAUAGAUAAAACGUUAAAAAUGAAGUAUAAUGUGUACCCACAAAGAAUGAAACUAUAUGAAGAACUUUACGAAAAGAAAUGUGGUGCUGCAUAG